AUGUUACCUCUCCUUCAAAUGCAUCCUCAUGCGGUGACGCCGCCGCAAUCGAAUCUCGAUGCUUUCGCCGCGUUCCCAAAUAACAACACAUCUUCUUUCAACGAUUAUCCUGCCCGCAACAUCGCAUCGCCGUAUCAGCAGUCUUUUGCGAUUCGUACCUCUCGACCGCAUCGGCACUCUUCAUCAUUCGGCUCGCCCUUUCACCCGCUGCGCCAGGAACAUCAUCUCAGACGCAAGACCCCGAACGGUACUAUCGAUGCCGGGUAUGACGGAUCCCCAUCAUUGUUCUCACAUGGUCCGCCGCCUUCAAAACAUGUAAUUCUGCCUCGGUCGGCGGAUUCUGCAGCAUUUACCCCGAUAGGCCCAUUAAUACAUCAACCGCAUUUCACUCCAGGCAUCGACCGCCAUCGUUCGUCCUCGGUUGGUGAUGCGCGACUCUGUGACGACCUACAAGCUCACCCUGGACCUUCUACUUGGUCCUAUAGUGGUAAUACGGCAUUGCACCAUGGCGCAUUUCCCGGUACCCAAUAUGGCUUUCCACAAGUCGAAGGGCACUAUAAUAUUCAUAACCAACAUGAAGCGAUGGGGAACUAUCCAAGUGCUUAUCAGCCACUAAUAAAAGCUCACGAAUAUAAUGUCAGGGCCUUUUGUCCUCCUCCUAUUGUUAUGAACGAAUCGUUGCCUUUUGGUCAGUUGGCCAUGCACACGCCAUGGAAUUAUCACGCCCAAACCAGAGGUAUCCCAUCACGACAGGUCCAAAGGCACGACCUCCGCCCCUUCCAGCACCAUGGUGCUUCUGAACUCGCAUACCGACCUUCUUAUGCUCCCGCCAUCGACCCAGAUUCCCAAUACCGCCUCGACCAUGAUCCAGGCAUGCCGACACAGUCAUAUCCUCAACCAGCCCAUAUGAGUAGCCAACAGGGAUUCAGAGAGAAGGUACUAUUGCAGGCUCACAAGAUCUAUCUCGAUCUAUUGGCGUACUCGCAAACCAUGCGGAAACCACAUCCAAUCAAAGGAGCACCUGGCCACAACACAUCACCUAGACUUCUGGUAUAUCCGAAACCCCCAAAACCAUCUUUGAGAGUAUCUGAUGGCUCACUUGGGUAUGAGGGUACGUCACUCAAGGUCUCGCCAGAGAACAGUUUGUAUCAGGAUUACCACUCUAGAAGACAUAUGGCUCUCCCCUUUCACUUUAACAACUACUUAUCAACAGUACACACGACGCCUUUCGCGGCAGCCAAGUCUACAUUGGACAUGCUCAGUAACCUCUGCGAGCAGAGUAGCUGGGGCUGGAUCGAUGGCAUAAUGCUAGGAGGCUGUCUGAACUACGGUCUAGAACAAUAUCAAGAGGCACUGGAAUGGUUCUCGAGAAUUACCGCCCUUGACUCGAGUCAUGUCGAGGCAAUUACAAACAAAGCCGCCACUCUUUAUUGCCUAGGUCGCCAAGACGAGGCCGAAAACCAUUGGAUCCGAGCCGUCGAAGUGCAGCCCAACUACUUAGAAGCUGUCGAGCAUCUAGUCGGACUUCUGUAUAAGAAGCGCAGUAAACAAGCCAUCGAGAUCAUCGACCAUGUCCAACGUGCUUUGAGAGUAUCUUCGGUAUGUAAUCUGAAAUGGCAAACUGGCGGUGAUCAGCUAGCUGCCCGAGAUGAUCAGAAGCAUAGUACUUUGAUUCGGAGUUGCUGGGUUGCUAACAGGGAGCAGGCGCAAAACCAACGACACGUGCUUCAUGGCAAUGCAGAAAAGCCUUCCGAUUUUGCAUCAAGCGGUUACGCCAUACCUGGAAGAGAAAACGGACGUAUCCUGGCUCUCAUACAUGCAAAAGGGACCAUGCUGUAUAGUCUCAAAGAAGUGAACAAAGCAUCAGAAGCUUUUGAAGAAGCCGUUUUGAUUAGUGUUGGUCGACAAAUGACUGGUAUACAGGAUCUUGUUCUUCGAAUCCAGACCGCCUUAUUACCAACAACUUCUGCUUCAAAUAGUUAUGGUACACGACCCUUACUACUCCCUCCUGAGCGUGCUCGUCAUACUGCACAACUGGUCUUUGGUGGUACCGGUGCUUUGCCGGGAUUGAGGCAUGUGACUGAAGGCUCGACCAAACGCGCUGCGGUACAAACCACGAGUAACUCGCUAUUAUCCCUAGCAAAGAUAUUUCAGGACUCUUUAUCGAGCGGACAGGGCACCCCAAACAUCCUACGACGCCCCCCUGGGGUCGAAGACAUUUUGGCUCUUUACUACCUGUCUCUAUCGCUUCAGGAAAGCCCCUCCACAGCCAACAACGUUGGUAUUCUGCUUGCUGGUGUUCAGCAAGUUGUGUCCAAUUCUUCGAACGCAAAUGGCGAAACACAUUCUCAGCCAAGCAUUCCUGGGAUUGUACCAGGUAGUGGACUGUCCUUGGCGUUAGCAUAUUAUCAUUAUGGGCUGCGACUAGACCCCAAACAUGUGCAUUUGCACACGAAUCUGGGUAGUUUGCUCAAGGAUAUUGGCCAGUUGGAUAUGGCGAUCCAAAUGUACGAACAGGCUGUUUCAUGCGACGGGACUUUCGAUAUCGCCCUGACCAACCUGGCCAACGCUGUUAAGGAUAGGGGUCGCAUCAACGACGCAAUCACAUAUUACAAACGUGCUGUGAACUCCAACCCAGAGUUCGCCGAGGCCGUAUGCGGCCUGUCCACGGCUCUUAACUCCGUUUGUGACUGGAGGGGUCGUGGCGGGGUCAUGCUCAAGUCUGGGAGAUACGAUCGAUGGCAUGUUGAUGAAAAGGGGCUGCUCAUCGACGCUCGGUCUUUUGGGCACGAAAGUGGUCUCAUUAACCGUGUUGUCAGCAUCAUCAGCCGCCAGUUGAAUGAAGCAUCGCAUUGGGGCCGGGGUAUCCUGAAAGAUAAGUACAUCGCUGCUUUUGCACAACAAAUUCGGGAUCUCGGCUUGGUUGGAUCAUUCGAGCCUGUGCAAGCGCUGAGGAACUGGAGUGACAAGCCAUGGGAGGGUUCGCGCGUGAUCCGUCUAAUAGAGCGAGCCACCCGCGCAACACAAUGGAAAUGGUAUCGCGAUCGUCUUGAAUCUGGCAGCCGAUCGCAUAGCCAUUAUACUCGACUUCGUCUACCGAGCGGACUUACUGUACCCUCCGCACCCACCGUUCUUCCCUUUCACACGUUUACGUGUCCACUAUCCGCAAAAGAUAUACGAGUCAUAUCGCAACGAAACGGUAUCCGAAUAUCUUGUUCAACACUGCGAUUACCAUGGCUACCCUCUACGGUCUACCCCCCACCGCCUCCCCCGAGUCCGCAAUUGAACAUAGGCUAUGUAUCAUCAGACUUUAACAACCACCCCUUGGCUCAUCUAAUGCAAUCUGUGUUUGGAUUUCACAAUCCCCAACGUGUGCGCGCUUUCUGCUAUGCUACAACAGCAAGCGAUCGAUCUAUACACCGACAGCAGAUCGAACGCGAGGCCCCUGUAUUUCGAGAUGUAAGUUGCUGGUCCGCAGACAAGCUGGUCGAGCAAAUUGUUAGAGAUGAAAUCCACAUCCUUGUCAAUCUCAACGGCUAUACGCGGGGAGCACGUAACGAGAUCUUUGCCGCACGACCUGCACCAGUCCAAAUGUCUUUCAUGGGCUUUGCUGGUACAUUAGGUGCCGAGUGGUGCGACUAUAUCUUAGCUGAUAGCACUGCCAUUCCGCCCGAGACACUACGACCCUGGCGUGGAAACUUCAAAAUCACCGACGUAUUCAAGGAUGAGACUGAAGACGACGAGGAAGACUGGAUGUAUUCCGAGAACAUCAUAUUCUGUCGCGACACGUUCUUCUGCUGUGAUCAUGCUCAGUCAAGCGAUGCUGGCGAGCGUUUGAUCACUUGGGAAGAGGAGGAGGAACGUCGCUGGAAGAUGCGGAAGGAACUUUUUCCUGCUUUGGCUGAUGAUACCAUCAUCAUGGGCAACUUCAACCAACUGUACAAGAUCGAGCCUACGACUUUUCGAACAUGGUUGCGCAUCCUGGCACAGGUUCCGAAGGCAGUGAUUUGGCUUCUUCGAUUCCCAGAAUUAGGAGAAGUCAACCUGCGACGGACGGCAAAGUUAUGGGCUGGCGAGGAAGUUGCUAGUCGCCUCAUUUUUACUGAUGUGGCGCCAAAAAGCCAGCAUAUCUCAAGGGCUCGAGUGUGUGAUUUGUUUCUCGACACACCAGAGUGCAAUGCCCAUACGACAGCGGCGGACGUUCUUUGGUCGAGUACACCUCUCCUCACACUUCCUCGGUAUCCAUACAAGAUGUGUUCUCGUAUGGCAGCGUCGAUCUUGAAGGGUGCUCUACCGAAAUCAGACGAAGGCCGGCGAGCUGCAGCAGAAUUGAUAGCUGCGGACGAAGAGGACUACGAGAAACGCGCAGUCCAGCUUGCAAGUGGGCUCAACUACACCAUAUCAGCAGAUGGCUAUGGCCAGGGCGAAGGCCGUGUUGCCGAAAUACGCAAGUUGUUAUGGGAAAGCAAGUGGCAUUGCGGCCUCUUUGAUACGAGAAGAUGGGUCAACGACGUUGAAACGGCAUAUGAGCAAGCAUGGCAACGAUGGGUCGCUGGCGAGGGCGGAGACAUUUAUCUAUGA